CCUUAUCAGUAUAACUCUUUGUAAGAAGAUGAAAACACAAGCUAGGUAAAGAGACAAGAUGAUAAGAUUAAGAUGUAAAAUGCAAAGCUCUCUCUCCCCAAGAGCUACUAGACAUACACACAUUAAAGCAUAGAACGUCCACACAAACCUCUCAAACAUUCCUUUUUGUGCUUUUUGAACAUCAGUGGAAAGUAAAGUUUCAUCUCUCUCUCUCUCCCUCAAGAAUACAUAGCUUCUUUCAGCCAUGGAUACGGCUCACUGGCCACAGGAGAUAAUGAAGCCUAUGGAAGAAAUAGUGGUACAAAACACCACAAAUUCAUGUUCAAAACCCUCUUCAAAUUCUUCAUCUUUGGAAAGAAAAGCAAGACCACAAAAAGAUUCAGCUGUAAACUGUCCAAGAUGCAAUUCUACAAACACAAAGUUUUGUUAUUAUAACAAUUACAGCCUCUCACAGCCAAGAUACUUUUGCAAGACUUGUAGAAGGUAUUGGACAGAAGGUGGGUCCCUUAGAAAUGUUCCUGUUGGUGGUGGUUCAAGGAAGAACAAGAGAUCAUUUUCUUCCAUUUCAUCUCAUUCUUCAAUGUCAAAGAAACUUCCUGAUCUGGUUGUACCUCCUACAUCAACACCACUACUUUCUCAAAACCCUAGGAUGCAUCAUGAACAUGGACAAGAUCUCAAUCUUGGAUUCCCAUCAACCAAUGAUUUCAAGACAUUUUCUGAGCUCAUCCAAGCACCCAAUUUUGAUGGGAUCAAGAAUACUACUUCUGGUUCAGCCACUUCAGCUCAACUUUCAGCUUUGGAACUCUUGACAGGAAUUACAACAAAGGGUAUGAUGAAUUCUUUCAUGCCAAUUCCAAAUCCUGGCCCGAAUUCGGUCUACUCAUCGUCAGGACAGUUGAUGAUCCCCGGGCCAGAAUUCAAGAUUCCAUCGCUUCAUUUUUCCUUGGAUGGAAUGGAAGGAAAUGGUGAACAAAAUAACAACUAUGGAAGUAGCAUCCAUGAGAGUUCAAGUGGGAGGCUUUUGUUCCCAUUUGGAGAUCUGAAAACAAGCACAAUAACAACAACUACAUCUCAUGAUGGACAUCAUAAUGUUGAACAAAAUAGAGACCAGAAUGGUGCAGAUGCCAAUGGCUUUUGGAGUGGAAUGUUAGGAGGAGGUUCAUGGUAAACACUUAUAUAUACAUAUAUAUGUGUAUAUAACAAUCUUUGGGGGGUUUAAUUUCUUUCUUUCUUACGACUGUUUUACAUGAUUAAUUUCUAGUUUUCAAAUGGUGGGUGGUAAUUACUUGUUUGGAUUUCUUAAGAAACUAACUUGAUAGAAUCAUACAAUUAAUAUUGGGUCUCUCUUCUUUCUUUAUAAACAUAUUUUAUGUUUAGUGGUAUUUAUCUUGAUCUUCAACUAUGAGAGUCUUGAGACAAGACUUGUACACUUGAUCAGAAGAUUAAAAGACUUGAAGUAAAGAGACUGAAGAAGAUCUAGAAAACAAAUCAAAGCAAAGCAAAGAUUUUUAUGAAGAGAAACCAAUUGUUGUGUAUCACUGGUUGACUGGGUUUGGGGUACAAACAAUAAUGUAUGAUGUACAAUUCGUAUAAUUUAUUUGGUUGAAUUUCUUGAUUUAAAUUUGCAUUCUUGUUUUUGUUCCAACCUUUAUACUAAUCUGGAGUAAUGGAGAUGUUGGAAAUUCUUGCA